CCCCUCUGAUACAGAUGAGCGUACUUCCACUGGAGGAGAAUAUUUUAUCAGCUGCACACACUGGUUUCUGUAACUCCCCUCCCUCAGUCCUGGAUUUCCUUGGACAAGAAUUUUCUGCGUGCAGAGGAGUGAACGGGAAGCAUCUGUUUUUUUGUGGAGAGGUCAGGGCCAAGAAAAUGGGGAGAGUGAACAUCUGGCUGAAGCGGAGUUACAUGGGUGUGACUGCUCUGAUAGUGGUAAUCUGCAUCCUGCUGCUGGGAUUCACUGUGUUUAAUCAUGGAGUCAUGCACACUCGGGAAAAGGCAGAAAAUGAAAUCGUUGGGCUGCAUUUUCUUUACAUAUUCUCCGCUGUCAUUCUGCUUUUUACCGUCUUUGGUGUAUUUGGUGUCUGGAAACAGAAGAAGUGGGCACUUAUAGUGUUUGCAGUUGGAAUGAUCCUCGGCAGUCUGCUCUUGCUCUUCCUCAUCAUCAACGCACUGACUGCCACCACACAGAUGGAAAACGAAAUGAAGAAGGAGCUCGACUUCCUGCCUCUAGAUAAUGCCAGCGACAGUGCAUUAACAGUCCUCAAACAUAUACAAAAAGAGUUUGAGUGUUGUGGGCUGAAGAGCUACAAGGAUUGGAAAAACAACAUCCCAGAAUCCUGCCUGUGUAAUGAACCGUCCACUAAUCCGUGCUUACUUGUGCGGGACAGUGAGCAGCUCAGACCGAUUUAUGCCAAGCCAUGCCCUCCAAUCAUCAUUGCGAGUUUAUCCUAUGCUAUUCAAGUAAUAAUGGGCAUAAUGUGGGGAUUAAUACUUCUCUGGGUGUUUUCAGUUGGGUUGUGUGUUGCUAUUUUGUGUCAAAUGAAUAAGAAACUGGAAACUCCUAAUGUGGCCUACAGCUCUGAGGCAAAGGCAGGAAACUACACCACUCUGAUGGAGGAUCCAGUGGCAGUUUAAACCAGACUUUUGUCUUUACUUUUUUAUUUUCUCUGCAAACAACGAGGAAUCGACUGUCAAAAUGUUUGCAAAUAUUUGUUACUUUACAAUAAUAUAUAURCAUUUUGUAUAGAAAAUGAAUGUAUAAUUUCUGUAGUCAAUAUGCAGGUGUCACAAACUGGUUUAAAAUAGCACUUUUAUCUGUUCUAGGAAGCAACAAACUAAAGUUACAAAUUAUGUUCAAGUUUUUGAACCUCUUUUUCCUUACCACUGAAACAAGUUUAAAAACUACCUUCCAGUUUUAUUCAGUCUUUGUAAACUCUACAUUCAUGAAAAAAAAUUCCUCCAAUAGUUUGAAGGAAAAAAGGGUUUUAAAUAUCAAACAAAUUUAAAAUAUGCAAUAUAAAUUCUGAAGUUUUCAGACAUUUAUUCCAACUAUUUGUUACAGAUUAUGGCUUUAUGUGACUAAAUACACAUGCUGUAUAUAUUCACUUAAUUUUUUUAGCAACUGAUCUUUUUAUGUUGUUUCUCCAGAAUGUGAACUAAUAAAACAAUUUGUUUGCAUGUUGACUGGUUUAAAUGUUACUACACUGGUUGUGAGAAAGUUUACAUUUUGUUGCUCCCCUGUCCUAAUAAAUGUCACAAUCCAGA